GCCUGAAAACCUCUCUGACAAGUGGCAAAGCGUUAGCAGAGCACGCUGCUCCCUCCGAAGGGCGGGUGGAAGCCGCGGGGGCUCGCCCCCGCACCCAGCCCUGCUGCCGGCUUUCGGCUCCUCGCCCCCCCCCGCCCCUGCUGCGGGGCUGAGUCGCGACCCGCUGCCGGGCAGCGUGCGGUGCGGGCUGCGGUGCGCGCCGCCGCUUCGCCUGGAAAGUGUGUGAGCCGGUCGCGGGCUUUUCUUCUACUUGCCGCGUUUAUUUUUAUUUUUUUUUAAACUAUUUUUCUGCAUUUUCCUUAUUUAUCUUCUCGUACUUUAUUGUCACUGUUUUUGUUGCCGCUGUUUGUAAACUAAUUGCCUCCAUGGGGGGCGGAGGAAAGGAAAUCAAAGCUGCCGCAGCUGAAGGGUGUAAAAGCAUGCUGGGGAAGAGCCGAGGAGCCGCAGGACGGGAUGGCAGCGGGAAGCCCGGCUGCGGCGGGGACCGCUGCCCGCGGCGGGCCGGGCCGUGCGGCUCGGCGCUGGCGGCUCUCCUCUCGGCGCUGGCGGCGGCCUCCUGCGUCUACCUGGGGGUGCGGACCAGCGACCUCCAGGCCAGGGUCGCGGCCAUCGAGGGCGCCCGAGGGGGCUUCUCUGCCGCCGCCUCGCUCCCGCCGCUGCCCGGCUUUUCCCUGGAGCAGCUGAACGCGAUGAUGCAGGAGAAAGUGGAGCGACUUCUCGCCCAGAAAUCCUACGAGCACUUGGCAAAAAUACGAGUAGCGAGAGAAGCGCCUCCAGAGUGCAGCUGCCCACCAGGUCCUCCAGGGAAAAGAGGUAAGCGGGGCAGAAGAGGAGAGACUGGACCUCCUGGUCAGCCUGGUCCUCAAGGCCCUCCUGGUCCAAAGGGUGAGAAGGGAGAUCAAGGUGAUCAGGGCCCUCGGAUGGUGUUUCCUAAAAUCAAUCAUGGGUUUCUCUCUGCUGAUCAGCAGCUCAUUAAACGCCGCCUCAUUAAGGGGGACCAAGGACAAGCUGGACCCCCUGGGCCUCCAGGGCCACCAGGACCCAGAGGUCCCCCAGGAGAUACCGGCAAAGAUGGUCCUCGUGGGAUGCCUGGCAUACCGGGUGAACCAGGAAAACCAGGAGAACAAGGAUUGACAGGACCUCAGGGGCCUCCAGGACAAAAGGGUUCUGUCGGAGUGCCUGGUGUUCCAGGGAGAGACGGACAAGUGGGUGAACCUGGUCUGCCUGGCAUAGCAGGAGAGAAGGGAGCAGCAGGGCUUAAGGGUGACCCUGGAGAAAGAGGAGAAAAGGGUGAUGCUGGAGAAAAUGGACCGAAGGGUGACACAGGAGAAAAGGGUGACCCUGGUUCUUCUGCUGCAGGAAUUAAGGGUGAACCUGGUGAAUCUGGACGGCCUGGACAAAAGGGUGAACCAGGUCUUCCUGGGCUUCCUGGACUCCCUGGGAUAAAGGGUGAACCAGGUUUCAUUGGUCCGCAAGGAGAACCGGGGUUGCCAGGGCUGCCAGGAACAAAGGGUGACAGAGGAGAGGCAGGCCCUGUUGGGAAGGGUGAGCGAGGUGAACCUGGAGUCCCUGGACCAAAGGGGAAAACAGGUGAACCUGGAUCUAGAGGCCCAAAAGGGUCAAAGGGUGAUACUGGUGACAGAGGUGACACGGGAUCUGCAGGUCCACGGGGACCACCUGGACAGAAGGGUGACCAAGGUGCAACAGAGAUAAUUGAUUAUAAUGGCAAUAUCCAUGAAGCUCUGCAGAGGAUUGCCACCCUGACUGUCACGGGGCCACCAGGACCACCAGGACCCCAAGGGCUGCAAGGGCCAAAGGGUGAACCAGGAUCCCCAGGAACUCCAGGAGUUGAUGGGGAGCAGGGUCCUAAAGGCUCAAAAGGAGAUACAGGUGAUCCUGGAAUGCCUGGAGAAAAGGGAGGAAUUGGACUGCCUGGCCUGCCAGGAGCCAAUGGUAUGAAAGGCGAAAAAGGAGAUGUUGGUUUGCCUGGUGCCCAAGGUCCUUCAAUGAUAGGACCACCUGGACCACCAGGGCCACAUGGUCCUCCAGGCCCUAUGGGACCUCAUGGACUGCCUGGCCCAAAGGGUGUAGAUGGCCCAGUUGGUCCCCAUGGCCCCGCAGGUCCUAAAGGAGACAGAGGUGAAAAGGGAACUGUAGGUGACCCUGGACCCAGAGGACCAUACGGCUUGCCUGGCAAAGAUGGCGAGCCUGGCCUUGAUGGUUUCCCCGGUCCUCGAGGAGAAAAGGGUGAUAUAGGAGAAAAGGGAGAAAAGGGAUUCCGUGGAAUUAAGGGGGAAAAAGGGGAGCCAGGCCAGCCUGGCCUGGAUGGGCUGGAUGCCCCUUGCCAAUUGGGUCCCGAUGGAUUACCAAUGCCUGGCUGUUGGCAAAAGGGAGUCACACCAUGGCUUAUUGCUAAAAAGAGAUAAACCAGAGGAGGAUAGAAAGAGGCCUUGAAUUUUUGGGGAAUAGAGUUCCAGCUGCAGGUGGAUGGCUUCCAGUCUUGCGGGUCACCUGGCCCCUUUGAUCAAAGAGGGUCCCGCCUGUUAAUCAGCAUCGGUUUGCCUUGCACUGCUCACGGUCGUGAAGACAUUCACGAUAGGCCCUGUCGAGUCCUUAAUCAAGGAGGAAAGAAGUUUGAAGAAGAAACCAGACUUCUCUGUGGGUUGUUUGAAGAGGUUACAGAGGUGCUGCAGGGAUCAUUUGAUGGCAGACACCGCCUGAGACCAGAAGCUUCUCAACCUUACUCAAGGAUGGACAGAGUAUGUGCUCUGCGUAUUGUAUUUUGGGACUGCUGGAGGAAAAAGCAUUCUUGAGGCGGGGAUAAAUCGGAACAUGCUCUGGAGGAGGAGGAUAAUGGAACUGACCAGAGACAUAUGUACCAUGGUGUGGUUUUCAGGUGAUUCAGUUUAAAUUACACAAAACUAGCUGAACUUCGCUGCAGAAUUUUGGAAGUUAUGGUUAAUUUUGUUUCCUUUUCCCAUAACUGUUGCCAUAAAGGAUGCAUUUCAAUAAUCUAUUCAACAUUUGUGAUGAUGGCAUUGAAGAAAAUGCUUCAAGCCAUGUGUUCAUCUUGUUUCAGUAUUAACAGUUUUUAUUUCAGAGUCUUUGAAGCCUUUAAGUCUAAAAAAGAGUUUAUUUUUGUGUUUCACAGACUGAUUUAUUCAUCUUGUUCUUUUUCUGCUGUUACAGUGACCUUAGUGGACAUUAUUACUCAAAAAACAUUGGAGAGAAACAAGUCUGUGUGAUUACCACUGCAUACUUGUCAUCGCACUACACUGUUAAAGGUGUCGAUAUUUCUCCAUUUCUGUUCAGAUUACUAGCUUUCUAGAGAAAGAUUGGCAAAGUUUUGCUUCUCCACUUUUUUUAUUGCUAUAAAUACUUAAUUUGUGCACAUUUGUAGUUUUUGCCACAAGGUAUUUUUUCCAGUUUUGAGUCUUCAUAUGGUGCACUGUAGUUAGUUUGAGAGAUUAGUUUAUGAGAAAUGGUGCCAUAUUUGGCAGAUGGAAAUUCUUUUUAUAUCACUUCCGUUCCUAGUGUAUAGCAGGAGGAUCACAAACUUUUUUAGUUACUUUUCUGAGAGUUGUCUUUCAUAUGUAGACCAAAACUAACGUUGAGGAAGGCAGCCUGUCUCCAUCCAUGUGCGGGCACCUUGCCCUUCUUGGAAUGCACAUUCUUCCUUGCUCCAUCAUUUCUAAAUUGCGUGAAGAUGGGGACCUGCUGUGGUUGCACUUUUCAUAUUGCUUCACAAUCUCAGAUCAAUGGAAAUGCCACUAUAAUGCAAUCUUUCACUUUGCUAAAUCUUUGUUGUCAUUUUGGUAUAUCAGAGACAAAACCAGCUUUGCACUGGGGAAAAUCUUCCACAGAUUUUUUUAAACUAAAAAUUAAUUUAGUGGCAUCUAUCUAGUAGUACCUUACAAAUAAAAACAAAAUUCCAACGCUAUAUAGAUACAUAUACUGAAUAUACAUAUUCUUACUGCUCAGUUCCAUCUUUUCAAUAGUAAGAAAUAAACAAGUGUUCAGAGAUAGGAGGAAAAAAGUUUUUCUGUGCUUAAAUUUUCAGAGAUGCAAGUAUUAACCUGUUUGAAUAAUCAUGAUUACAGUAGUAAAAGCCUUCACAUGGAAUAGACUGAAUAUAAAGUGUUAAUAAUCAGAGUGCUACAGCAGUAAUGUGAAUGAGGGACUUCCCAGAAAGGGGACAAGAGCAGCACCAUGUAAGCCCUCCGACUUGCCAGUUUUAGUCUGCUUGUUUAAGAAGCACUAUCUCAAAAAACAACAGGCUGAGGAGCAAGCUGCCCACCUAACAGAAGAGUCUUUUAUGCCUAUGUCCUGACUUGGUACGUUUGGCUAGGUAUAUUAUAGAUGUGAAGACUGGAAGUUGAGUGUUUUUACAAAAUAUAAAAUACUGGCAAUUACACAGUAAGACGAAAUAUUUUUUAAAUCUCCCUCAGAGUAUUCAAAGGCAAAAUCAAGUAGGAUGUUUACUAUCUGGCUAGAUGUUUUAGCAAUUCCAUAUUGAGAGUGUCCACAAACAACUCAUUUAAGAAAUAGCAACAAGUUAAAGAGCUAUUAAAUGCAUGCUGUCAUUAGCACUUUCAUAUUUUUUAGAUUUGUAUAUCUGUAUUUUUAAACUGUCCUCACAGCAUCCAUUUCUGUCCUCAUAUGCAUCAAUAAAGCUAGCAGAACCUUGGUUCAUGAUUUCUUCAUUCGGGAAAUAAUUAUAGACACUACUGUUAAGCGUUAGUCAAAACUCAAUUCUCCUUUAACUCCCUGACACUGAGACCCUGCUGAAGAAACACUUAAGGACCUUUAUUCACUUUCUUUUCUGUCUUGUAAAGUAAUUUCUUUAUUUAACUCCCACCAGGUAGGAAUACUUUUUUUUUCCCAAAUAAUCUUACUUAACUUUUUUAAGCUUCUCUGUUGUUCAAUAUCAUGAAAGGUUCAUUCCCUUUCAAUGACCAUGGGUGAACAGCAGAUAAACAAUUUAAUUUGACAGGCUAAACUACAUUUAUAGAUUUGACUUUAAUAUUUGCAUCUCAAAGAUUGACUUGAAAUGAAAACUAACAGUAUCUAGAAAAGUUGCAUGUUCAGUACAAGAAAAAAAGAAUUGUGUUUAAUAUUUCAUCAAGAAAAGCACCCUGUGAAGACUUGCAACAUGUUUAUUUUGUUUAAAAAGCAACUAUUUUUGGUGCUAGUAUAUCUUUUUUCUUUUGAUGGCAAAGCUACAGUUUGAUCCACCUGUGUGUUGUUGUAUCUUUUAGUAGCAUUCCUCCAAAUAGAUAUGAUUUGUUUUGUUUAGUUUGUGACAGGAACAGUAGUUCCUCUACCAGUCUUUUCAGUUGUAGAAAUGUGUAGUGGUAUUAGUCUACACAGUUUCUACAUCCCUGACUUUUUCAGGUAUGAUUAAUUCUUGUUUCUUUGAGAGUUUUUAGUAUUUGUUUCAUACCAAGUUUUGUAAUCAUCUGUUACUCCAGUGUAUUAUAACCACACUGUGCCGAAGUCCUGCUACAGAAGCAGCAAGUCUUUUAAGCACUGUAUGGAAUAUGUCUGACAUACAUGGUCCUUGUCUUCAUAUUCAUAGAUUAGCUAUGGAGAAUCUUUCUUUCAGGAUGCUUUGGACACCUUUUUAUUUUUUCCUGAGGUAAAGCAUGAAAUGUUAAUUCAUGGAACAAUGAUACAAUGUAUUUUUUUGAUUUAUAUUUUUAUUUAUUGCUGAUUUUGAUGUCACGUUCUGAUAGUGUAGCAAGGCAGAAUGACACUCUUCAUCCAGCUGCUUAUAUAUUCUUCUAGUCUACCAUGUAAGUAGUAUGAAUGAGUUUCAGAAUGAUCAAAUCCAUAUACGUCCACAUGUGUAAAGUACAGUUUAAAAAGGGAUAAUUCUUAAGAUUCAUGUACAGUGUGGAAAGUUAGCAUUGGCUCCACUGAGCGUUACGCUCGUGGAAGAGUGCACAUCGGCAUCAGUUACUCAGUUAGGCCAGCAGAAGAGACGAUGCAACCCUAAAUGAGAUGAGCAGACCUUUGGUCCUUGUGGGAAGGUGGUGCUGCAUAAGGCCACGUCAGGAGAUGUUGGUUCGGAUCCUGGAUCCCGUUGGGAUUUAGAAAGAGCCGUCCCACUGACUGCCACAGAACCAGGAUUGUAAACCUGGGCUCAGCCAUGCAAGGCUCUUCAAUUGGCUGUGCCUCCCUUUCCCCAGCAAUGAAAUGGAGAGAGUGAUGCAUCCUUCCCUUGCAAAGCGCUUUAAGACAUGCAGAAGGACGGACCCAGGUAUUGUGCUUAGUAACAAGGGGAUUAUUACCAACUUCAACAGUGGGGUUUUGCCUGAAUCAGGACCACUUCGGUGAGUAAGAACUGCAGGGAUACUCCCAGUCUAUUGAAUGUGAUGAAGAUGUUCAAGGCAUGCAGAAGUUGACCUUUCCUUUCAAGUUUCCUAAUCCCUGCUGCUUGACCAUCUUAAAUUACGUUUUUAAAUCUCUGUAUUUUACCUAAUGAGAGACCUAAAUUUUCACACUAAAGAGUCGCACAAAACACAAGUAUCUGCAAAGAUACUGGUCAAAAGAAAGUAGGUUUUAGUCAUUGCAAAAAAUGAUUCAAUUUCAGUGACCAGAAUUAAAAGUAACACCUGAUUUUUUUUUUUUUUCCUUUCUGCAACUUGCUUUUAUGGAUCUGAAUGUUGCUGUAAUGUACAAAUGAAGGUUUUCUUGCACCCUCUGUUAUUGAAAUAUUUUACAUGGUGGUUGGCUUCAUUAAAUGCUGUUAGAAACAAGUGCCUGCCACCAUCAUUUUUGACAGAAUUUGAAAAAGAUACUCCACAAAACAAGUGGAGCUUGUAUUUAAAAAAAGGAUUUGGAGUGUUGUUUUUGUUUCAUUUUGUUUUUAAAUGCAUCCAAUUAUCAAUGCUGCUUGGAAAUUGAAUUUUCUUUGGAAAACAGGGGGCCUUAACUUAACCUGGGACCGUUAGUGUUUUACUUGUUUCUAUUUAAAAAAGAAAUUGUAUGAAUUUCCCAGAUACCAUUGGUACUUGCACACUUCUCUGAAGUAUUAUGAAGAGUUGGGUUGGUGGAAGAAUGUUUUACAUAUUGUUAACAUAUAUGUGGAUAUUCUUAUAUUAUUGUACAUGUUUGGGAAAAUAUCACACAACUUUAAAAAUGUUACUAAGAUGUAUGUAUCUGACUUUUUCCUUUGGAAAAUAUUAUAUAUUUUUAUUUGUAUUUUUUACUUUUUUAAGUUCAUCUAUAUGUGCCGUUAUUUUUGUAUUCCAAAUGGUCUCAUAAACGCAGUAGAAGAGAUAAAAAUACAAAGAAAAGUAAUUUGGCAAGGAUUACAAUGCUUGGGGGGAAAAACACAUGGGUCAGUAUCAUAUUAUCAAUAGUAGAAGUAUUUUGAGUGUCUUAGCACUGUAAAUAUGUCAUGAGACCUCUUUUGAUGAGUAGCGUAAAGACUUGCAAGGUUUUAAUCACCCAUUUUAAUUUGUUAUUAAUUACCACUUUCUUGUGGCCUCUGGUCCUGACUUAAUUGAACCCUAUCAAACAGCAUGCUUUUGUUUUUAUUAUUAAAAUUUCUCCUUGUUUUUCAGUUGAA